GUACACUACUAGAGUGCUACACAUCAGUUAGGUGAAAGCGCUUUUCUAUUGCAAAUACAAGACAACCUCCUCCACUAUAACGUCUCACACGUCACACCGGCACGCCAGGGGAUGCAUGGGAUAUAAAAGACCAUUAUAGGCGACCAAUGAGAAAUCACCACAUAUACAAGAAGAGGUAUAAAAGAUCACCGACUAGCUGCCUGCAACACGCCCCGAGUAGUCUCACCAUUGCUGUCACCACUUUCACCUGAGGGAAGACAAGAGGCCGCGAGUUCUCACUCCACAAGACCAACAUGACAACAACACAUCAGUUAAUGGCCGCCGCCUUCUACCUGUGCGGGCUUCUGUUUCUUCUCCACGUCGACUCUGUGAACAGCUUGAAAUGCAAGUAUUGUCUAGAUACUGGUAAGGACUGUCAUUCUGGAAACGUGCCAGAGGUUGAGUGCCGACCCAACGAACUCUGCUUCUUUAUUAGACAGUUCACCCCAGGAGUACCGGGCCGUGAUAAUACACUUCGUGGCUGCACAUCGGAAACAGAAGGUUUCACCUGCAUGAAUGUUUCGGAUUCUGAGCGAGCAUGUGUGCUCUUUUGCGCCACAGACAACUGUAACAACGCAACCAAUCUUGGUGAAUAAUGAGAGAAGGACUGCAUUUACCUUGAUCGUUUUGUCAGAAAACGCCACUGACACAAAAAACUA